UUUUCAGUAAUUGGUGUGAUCACGACUAUGAGGUGGAUGCUGUCGUCUGCAUCCUCAAAUGUUCUCUUAGAAAACGGAUCGCUGACGUCAGCAGAACAGUGCACUGAUAUCAAUCACGAGAAUUGCCCGUGGUCUCACGUGUUUUCAGACUUAACCAAUCGUCUUCAUUUGAUGGAAAUGGCGUUCAAGGAGCAAGUGGUGGCGCGAGAAACAAUCGAGCGUGAAGUCAACAACCAGUCGGAUUUGAAUACAUAUUUAAAUGACAAAUUAGCCUUAUUCAACGAGAAAUUGGAAAAUAUUAGCAGGCAAUAUGAACAUAUGGAAACUAGGGUGUCACAGUUGGCCUCAAAGCUCAGAUAUGACGAAAUACUGGGACUUAUUUUAUUUCUUCUCGUACUGACCGAGCUGAUCUUAAAACUGGAGCCGUUUGUCCGCCAUUGGCUUGUCACGCGGGGGGCUGUAAGGGCGUCUCCGUCAGUGUCAACACCGCGCAGGUCUAAUGGCAAGGAGGUGUCUGGUAAAAAGGUAUAUUUUACUAGAUAUUAUUCAUGUUGUAUCGGAAACCGCGACAAUUUUGAAGUAUUAAAAGACCAGGAAAUACUGAAACAAUUGAAGUAGUAAAUAUGAUGGACAUAGAAAUGCAAAUCUAUGUCUGUAACCAGAGACCUAUAUUAUAGUAU